CUGGGGAAUGACUCCUGUCAUCUGCUUCCCUCUGCUGCCUGCUUUCCCUUUCUUUGCUCCCAUUCCUGCCUCUUUGUUCUCCUGCUCCCGCAGGCUUGGUGCUCAAAGACCUUCUCUCUCUCCCUUGGGCCCCAAGGCAAAGCUCUGCUCAGCUCCUGGAGAGGGCCGGGUUUCUCAGACACCCUUUGCUGCCCAUCCCUCCCCCACUCUAAGGUGGUGUUUGGGGGCACUGGGUUCACGUGUCUCCCCCUUUGCAGAGUGCGGCGUGCGCUCCAGGGCAGCCCGGAUCGUGGGCGGAAGCGACGCCCCGUUGGGACGCUGGCCGUGGCAGGUCAGCCUGUACCUCAACUCCAGACACGUCUGCGGAGGCUCCGUGGUGGCGCACGACUGGAUCCUCACGGCUGCUCACUGCGUGCACAAUUACAGGUGGCCUGAGGUCUCCAGCUGGCUGGUCUUUGCCGGGAUUAUCGCCCAGGUGUCAGUCCCACAGCAGGCCGGAGCGGCGGUGGAGAAAAUCAUCUACCACCCCCGCUAUGAUGACAGGAGUCAUGACUAUGACAUCGCACUGAUGAAACUCACAGCGCCCUUGAACUUCUCUGAUGCGGUCCGUGCAGUGUGUUUACCGCUGUACCAGCAGUAUUUCCCCCACGGCACCCGAUGCUGGAUCUCCGGCUGGGGCUACACCAGACCUGAACACG